AAUUUAAACCCAUUGGAUAGGAAGUGGGAUACUGUGUGUUUGCCCUGCCGAAGCAAGUGUGAUUUCUCAGUCUAACGCAACUUUCAUCCGAAAAUGGCUCUCCGAAUUACAAGAAGUUCUCGUCAGGUUGGUGAAAACGCCAAUGCCCUAGCUGGCAAGGCCGCAGUGAUCAGUAAGCCUGGACUGAGGUCGAGAGCAGUGCUUGGGGAAAUCGGUAAUAACGUCGCUGUGUCGCGGCCGACUUUGAAGAAGGAUGCCAAGGCAGAACCUGCCAAGCUGGUUGAGAAAAAGCCUACAAAGCUGGAGAAGGUACCCGAAGCUGAACCCAAAAUGGUCUCGAAGGUUGAAGCCGAGCCUAAAAUUCUGUCUGCCCCUACAUCCCCUGUACCCAUGGAGACCUCUGGUUGUGCAUCAGAUGACCUGUGUCAGGCCUUCUCGGAUGCUCUGAUCGAGGACAUUAAGGAUGUUGAUGCUGACGACUAUGACAAUCCCAUGCUGUGCAGCGAGUAUGUUAAGGACAUCUACAAGUACCUGAGGCAAUUGGAGACUGAACAAGCAGUGAAGCCCAGUUAUCUUGAAGGUCGCGAGGUCACAGGGAACAUGCGAGCCAUUCUUAUCGACUGGCUUGUUCAGGUUCAGAUCAAGUUUAGGCUGCUGCAGGAGACCAUGUACAUGACCGUUGCCAUCAUCGAUCGCUACCUCCAGGACAAUCCAGUCCCCAAGAAGCAGCUCCAGCUUGUUGGUGUCACAUCCAUGUUCGUCGCCUCCAAAUACGAGGAGAUGUACCCUCCAGAGAUUGCAGACUUCGCCUAUGUGACUGACCGUGCUUACACCACUGCUCAGAUCAGAGACAUGGAGAUGAAGAUCCUGCGCUCCCUCGACUUCAACUUUGGCCGCCCGCUGCCUCUUCAGUUUCUCCGAAGAGCCUCAAAAAUUGGAGAGGUCACCGCAGAGCAUCACACUUUGGCCAAGUACUUGGUUGAGCUGACAAUGGCAGACUACGAGAUGGUCCACUUUGCACCCUCCCAGGUGGCUAGUGCUGCCUUCGCCCUCACACUCAAAGUCUACAACUGUGGCGAAUGGACUCCCACACUGCAACACUACAUGGGAUACGAGGAGGAAAGCUUGGUUCCGGUCAUGAGGCACAUUGCCAAGAAUGUCCUCAAGGUGAAUGACGGCCUAACAAAGCAUUUGGCUGUGAAGAACAAAUACUCCAGUCAGAAACAGAUGAGGAUUGCCCUAAUUUCUCAGUUGAAGUCUUCUAUCAUCAAGAACCUUGCCAAAGAGAUCUCUUCGUGAGAAGCCGGACUUGGGCACAAUGUGCUAACUGUACAAAGUGUAACUAGAUUUCAUGUUUUUAAACCUUUUUACUGAAGUUCAAUCUGACUGCCCUCAUUAUGCAAACAGUGUUCACUACUGCCAAUGUUCAGAUUUGUGUUU